UUUUUUAUGAAUGAAAGAAUCCAACCUCAGAAAGCAGCGGAGUAAUUCCGGGAAAAGGCGGACUGACAUUUUGUCGCCCGAGUCGCUUCGACCCAGCAGAGUGUCUGUAUCUGUGUUGACUGGUGCUUCAGAUCAUGACGACGGAGAGAAACAGCAAAGCCCUGAAGGUGAAGCAGGAAUGCGGUGAGAAUGUGCCCGUCCUGUCGGACAGCGAGCUCAUGUCCCUGUCGGUGCGGGAGCUGAACCUCCACCUGCGCGGCAUGUCGCGCGAUGAGAUCCAGAAGCUGAAGCAGCGCCGGCGCACCUUGAAGAACCGGGGCUACGCCGCCAGCUGCAGGGUCAAGCGAGUGUCUCAGCGCGAGGCCCUGGAGCAGCAGAAGCAGGAGCUCCAGAGAGAAGUGGACAGGCUCGGGGCCGAGAACGCCGGCAUGAGGAAAGAGCUGGAGGGGCUCGGCGCUCGCCUCGCCGCGCUCCAGAGGUUCGCCAGAGGGCUGGAGGCCGGCGGGGGCAACCUGCUGGCCACGGCCCCGCGCCUCAACACCGCCUCAGUCAUCACCAUUGUCAAGAGUCCACCACAACCUCACCCACAGAGAGAACAGGAGCCGUCCUAGAAGCAGCUACUGCAGCCAGACUGGUGGGAGGGACACAACCUGCAAUGCAACUACAUACACACAUACACACACACACACACACACACACACACACACGACAGGAGAACAGGAAUACAACAUUAGUAGGAAAAUACUAAACACUUGCAUUACGCCUCGUUCACAUUAUGACAUGCAGUCAGAGCGGUGUGUAACAUCACCUUGCAGACAACAACUAUGCUCAGUUUUCCCCAAGUAAGGGCCAGGAGCAGCUGGAAAAACUGAGUCCCACUGUUCUCUACUUAAUGCUGCUUUUAUAACACUUCAGCUUAGUUGACAGAUUUGUGCUUUUUUUUAUUUUUAAAAAAGCCUCUCAAAGUUUGUUCAGAAAGAAACAUGCGGCAGGUUUAAUGUGAGCGAGGCGUAGAGCGCUGACACACCCACAAAACCCAGACAGAACACACACACACAUACGCACACACAUACAUACACGUGCAACAAAACCCUCACACUCUCCCCCUGCCCCCUCGACCCACACGGGAGGGGGGGCGUUGACAUUGACUCAAGUGGACUAAAUGACUGAAGCCAGACCAACCCAAACCACAGUUACUGUACAUCGUCACUGCUCAGCAAGUCCAGCGGUGAUGCCGGGGGGCCGAAGCUUUGCUCCGCUUCUGUGUUUUUUUGUUUUUUUUACAGCACCUGACAGCAAAACUCAAAGGGUGGAGCGGACGUAUGCACGGCCUCCUCCACCCCCUACAAGCAUCUGCACUCCUGGUACAUUUGUAGUGUGACAUUACUGGUUGUUUAAGUAGAGUUUCUCAACCUCUGUAAUUGAUAAGCAGGCGGGGGAUCACGGGGAGAUCUGUAAAGACUAAUAUAUGAUGAUCUUUUUGAGUUUGGAAAGGAGUCAGAGCUUCCCACAUGCUCAGAUUUUCAUGUGACAGCUCUCUAACUACUUCAUGAGUCAUCACAGACACAGUCCUGGAAAAAGGUUGAGAAACGCUACAUUAGCACAUCACUAAUUCCUUUUUUUUUAAAAAGAUGUCCAUUCAGAGAAAUUCUUUGU